ACGCCACGGUGCGAAGGAACUUCCCCGAUAGGGAAACCGUAUCGGUCUCCUCGCAGAUCAUUCAGGAUACCGCGCGUUCGCGUCCGCUCUGCUGCCACCGCGAUUCAUCAUCAUCAUCAUCAUCAUCAUCAUCAUCAUCAUCCUCGAUCGUGAUCGAGACCGAGCGACAGUGGAUGGUCUAUCUCGCCUCGGUGAUUCGUUUCCCGUUAUCUUUGGCCAAGUGUGCGCGUUUUCACCGGCGGGGAGGAGGGAGGAGGACACCAGCCUAUCGUACGAAAAACUCGACGAUAAUUGGAACGCGCGAGCGUGAUCAAUCAGGAAACCACGCGUGUGUGAUUUCUAAGCCGUGUAUAUGUAAUUAAAGAAGAACGCGCGGUGUUCUUUUCGAUUUAUUUGCCCGUAAUGUAUCAACGAACGAGAUUUCGAACGGAUUGUUUGUCGUUCCUCGAGUUCUCAAGUCGACUCUGAGCAGAGUUCCUCUCGUUACGAGAGAGAAAGAGAGAGAGAGAGAGAGAGUAAUUGAUUUAAUUGUCGCACGGAGGAAGAAGAGCUUGUGAAUACUCUGUCGGAGAAUGGAUACGCCGAAGGUAACGCGAUUGUACGUGAAACGAUCUACCGAUCAUCGAGAGAAACGCAGUGGUCCCUGAAAGAGCGUGCGUGUCGAGUUGUUGAAAGAUUGGACAAUAAUCAAUGGACCAGAGGUACUGAUGCACGAGCCAGUGGAAAGAAUGCCGGUCUCUUAGAAUGUAAUGUGCACGAAGAUGACGGUAACGAAGAGAAGCGCUGCUAAAGCUUGGCUGAUCUUGUUCCUGUUGCUGAUUCACGAUGGCAGGUGCAUCAAGUGGUUGGCCCUCGGCCGUACCGGUGAUAGUUACUCAUGGACGAGGGAAGCUUGCACCAGCGCAAAAAGCUCCGGUCUUCUGGAGAGAAAGCAAGCGAGGGCGUGCAGAGCGGCGCCGGACGUGAUGCCCAGCCUGGUGCAAGCGGCGAGGGAUACGUCGACCGUGUGCCAGCAAGCAUUUCGACAUCGUAGGUGGAAUUGCAGCAGCAUCGAGCGUGCGCCAGAUUACACGCCUGAAUUACUUACCGGAACCAGAGAACAAGCAUUCGUGUACGCAAUGUCAGCGGCAGCUGCAGUUUGGAGGUUGGCGAGAGGAUGCGCUCUGGGUAGUCUCGCGGCGUGUUCCUGCGCCACUCCGCCACGUAGAGAGCCACUGUCACCGUCUGCCUUGAUUUCACCUUCAUCCUUCACCGCGACACCGGUCUCCUUCGGCACACUUUCCGCGAGAAAUUCGUUCAAAUGGGGUGGCUGCGGUGAUGACGUUCGAUCCGCGUCCAGAAUGGCCAAGAGGUUCCUCCAAGGUGCAACACCACCUGGCACCGGUGCAACCGCCAAGUUCAUGCACGCUGUUAACAUGCACAACAAUCGAGCGGGUCGAAGGGCAGUGGAACAAUCCUUGACCCUGGAAUGCAAAUGCCACGGAGUUUCCGGAUCGUGCAGCGUACGUACCUGUUGGAGAGGUCUUGGCUCUUCGGGGCCAGCAGCCGCAGGAAGUCGAUUGCUCCGAAGAUACGCAACUGCGGCGGAAGUUCGUCCGAGGUCAGGCGGCAGGUUACCACCCUUGUAUCAUCACGACAAUCUUCUGUACACCACGAAAAGCCCGGACUACUGUCUUCCUGACAAAAAGAGAGGGAGCUUGGGGACUGUUGGCAGACAGUGUAACGGCAGCAGUACCGGAUACGAAGGUUGCGAGUACCUGUGCUGCGGUCGAGGACACGUGACGAAAACGGAAGAGGUGUUGGAAAGAUGCGACUGCAAGUACAUCAGCUGCUGUUACGUGAAGUGCAAAACGUGCAGAAGAAUCAUGAAAACCUACGAGUGCAAAUGAAUGCGCGGAUUCGUAGAGAUCGUUUGAAUCAAAA